AUGAUAACGAGCACGGGGGUUGGAGGUGGCGGCGUCGGCGGUAUCGGGAUGCUAAGAGCUAGAAGACGGGACGUAAGCCUCAAGCCCAAUCGCAAACUCGACCGCAAAUCAUCAAGGGGCAUGAUCUAUGAGAAUGAGGAGCUUAGACUGAGGACUAUUCACAUUAAUGCCGAAGUCGAACAAGGUCAGAAUGACAUCAAGAAACUACGACGUGAAAACGAGCAGCUGAGACGUGAAAUUUGGUGUCUACGAGAAGAAUACGACAAAUUAGAGGAGAUUGUCAAGAGCCAAAAGAAUUUUGUCGACAGUGACGAUAACGAGGAGCACAGCGAGGCGAUAUCUACAUCAGGUACCGAGGAAUACUCAGAAGAAGAGGAAGACAUAGACGACGACGAAAAUUCCAGUAAAGAAAAAAAAAAAGAACCUUUGAAUUCAAACGAUAAUAUAAUCCGAGACGAACUUUUGGAGAAUGCUGAGAAUCAAAAAUUGUCCUCAGAGAAGACUAAUAGUCUUCUGCAGCACCGUUUGCACGUGGAUUUUGAUCAAUUAUCCGUGGUGACAGAAGAGGCAGAGGAGUCAACAAAAAAGGAUAAGGAUAAGGUGUAUAGAGAUGUAAAUGAGGUAGAAAUGUUUGAGAAAACGCCGCGUGAAUCAGAAUCAAAUAAGCAUUACAAGGAGGAAAAGGACAGAUACUUAAAUCAACAUGCAUUCAACUGGAUAAUCAAUUCUGAGUGUCCUGUCACCCACUCGUCGACAACGAUAGAGCAACCCUGCACUUCAACACGUAGCAUUGUAGCCAUGAGUAACAAUAAGAUUGGUCCAGCAUCACCUCUACCUUCUCCACCACUGCCACCACCACCACCACCACCACCACCAAUAUUACCAUCACCGGGGAUUGGCUGGCAGGGAAAGAUUUUUCAAGGAGACACAAGUAAUAUUCACACCACCACAAUGGAUCGACAGACUUGCGCAGAAUCAAUUGGAUCCACGGAAUUGCGGGCGUCGUUUCAAUUGCCUUGGGACAACAAUGUAUCCUCAUCAUCAUCCUCGGUCUAUCCAGACACUCGUUCAUGCAUGGAAUUCAUUACCAACAGCCCAACAACGGGAAUAAUUGCUCCAUCUUCAAGCAGCGAGAAUACCAGCUCUACUGUUAUUUACAAGACUUCUCCUGAUAUUUGCGUAUCAGGAGCUGUUGCUGCAACAAGCCAACAAUAUCAGAAGCAACAACGUGACUACGGAAGCUCUGAUCAGCUAUUGAUUGGCAAUCCUCGAGAUUCACUCAAUAAAUCGUACUCUUGUCAGGAACUAACUGACAAAACCUGUCCGUUUGAUGUAGCAAUGAAUCUCGGGAUUGCUGCUAAGAGUUUACCCGAUAACUCAAGUACUAUCAGCAGCAGAGGAGCCUUUAAGAGCCAGUUGAAAGUUGAAUUGUGUAAAAUAUCAACGGAUAUGCCGCCAAAGAUGUCACCGAUCGAUUGGACGCCAGGACAACCGUUUUAUCGGACUCUAGAGCCACUUGAUAGACGAGAGCAACGUAUAUUACGGCAAAUUCAACUCAAUGAGUAUCAAGCUACCUCUUUUGAAAGCCCAACUCCACGGAGUUUGGCUCUUUCCAGCUCGAUACCCCUUCAAGCUUACCCAAAAAGUUUACGACCCGAGAGAAAACCCGCACCAACAUUACCAGUGUCUAAUGUUGUUGUUCCAAUUCGGUCUAACGUUCCGACAAAUCCCAACAAAGUUGAUACACAAACUCAAACCAGAAGUCGGAGUUAUAGCCAAAGCUCCAGUUGUACGAGUCAAAGUCCAAGUUCCGGUGAAAUGGAAGCUCAUAAAGACUUGCAGAAGUUAUCCAAGUCUAAACGUAAGAUUAAAAAAAAGAAAAAAACUAGGAGAAAAAAUAAUACUUCUAUUGUGGCGGAAAGCAAUGAAAAACAUUGCUUAGAGGAUAAACGAGAUAAAGAGAGGAGAUCUUCUUCUACUGGUCAAGAUUCUCCUAAAAAGUCUAUUAAAAAGGAACAAAAUAAAGCGAGACUCUCCGGAAAAAGUCAAAGUUUUGCUGGGCAAGAACCCGGUGAAUUUAUUCCAAAAGAUCGAAUCUCAGCAGUCAGUCCGGAAGCGGAUAAGCUACGGAAGACAAGUGAUGCUAGCGAUAAGGUACCUUGGUGUGCGUGUUGGGGCAACGGGUGUCUUUAA